CAUAAGUCAAUCAUGCUUCUUUCAAUAUUGUCAUUUCUGCUUUAUGUCAUUGGCAUGAUGUUUGGCAUCGUGUGUCUGGCAUGUGGACUAUACUACUUUGCAGAGUUGGUAGAAGAGCAUGCUACAGUGGCCAAGAGAUUGAUUAGAUAUACUAUAAUUACGACGAUGGUACUCAUACUACUGGUUGGAUUGUUUGAGAGUGUUGACAAGCUAUGCAUAUUCUUGAGUCUUGUCAGCCAUGCAUCAUACUAUACUCUAUUGUCAGAGUUCCCAUUCGUCACACUUUCGAGCGUCAAGUUUAUUGUUAGCGUUGCAACCAUGGUCAUCAGUCAUUGCAUGUGGUUCAUGUUCUUCCGCUCCAACUGGUUCCCAUUCACUGAGAUCAUUGCUGUAUUUGUAUUCUUUGUCUGGUUGGUUCCAUUCAUCUUCUUUGUAUCACUCUCUGCCAAUGACAGUUCAUUACCAUUCUCUUCUUCAUUCAUUCUCCAUCCUUUAGGUCGUAUUGUAGGCGUAGACAACGAGUACUCUCGCAAGAAACUUGGAACAAGCAGUCUGAAAUCAAUGAUUGGAUGGAUAAAGAAGAAGACAGACGACUUGACUCGAUCCAACUCCAACAAGCAUUACUAUUAA